CCCCGCUGUAGCUCCUUCGCAUAGCGCCGCCACCGGUCCUUGUUUAGCCCGCCCCCGGUAGUAUCUACAGCCAAAUGCGGACUUUACGCCUGCCGAGGCGGCGUUUACAAUUGGCGCCCUAAACAUUGCAUCCUCCUCUUUUCUUCCUUCGUCAUCAUCUUUUUCCUGUACAAGUAACUUGUAUCUUUUGUUUUAUAUUCCUCACAAAGACAAAAACCAAGUUAAUUUUUCACAAUGGCUGCUGUUGCUACUUCUGAAGACCAAGGCAAGGUCACCCUCUACUGGCUUUCCCAGUCGCGCUCUCAGCGCAUUGUCUGGCUCCUUGAGGAGCUCGGCGUCCCCUACGACCUCGAAAUCUUCCACCGCACCAAGGCCCGCCUUGCUCCCCCCGAGCUCGAAAAGAUUCACCCCCUCGGCAAGUCGCCCGUCAUCAGCGUGCUGCCUCCCGGCCCUGAUGCUAAGCCUAUUGUCAUUGCCGAGUCUGGCGCCAUGACCGAGUACCUCGUUGACCACUACGGCAAGGGCAAGAACCUCGAGCCCAAGCGCUGGAGAGACGGCAUGGAGGGCAAGGUUGGCGGCGAGACCGAGGCCUGGAUGCGCUACCGCUACUACAUGCACUACGCCGAGGGCAGCUUGAUGCCCAACUUGGUCAUGGGCCUCGUCAUUGGCACCCUCAAGUCUACCACGGUCCCCUUCUUCAUCCGCCCCAUCACUACAGUCGUCGCCAACAAGAUCAUUGCCCAGUUCCUGCUGCCCACUGCUAAGAAGCACCUUGCUUUCCUCAACGAGCAGCUCGCAACCUCGGGUGGCCGCUAUUUGUGCUCUGAUGAGCUGACUGCUGCCGAUAUCCUCAUGAGCUUCCCUCUGAUUGCCGCUUCUGGCCGCUGGAACGACAUGGGCGACUUUGAAGGCGGCUCUUGGGACAAGGCCUACCCCAAGGUGAAGGAGUACGUCGACCUUUUGCAGCAGAACGAGGGCUACAAGAGAAGCAUUGCCAAGAUUGAGGAAGUCGAUGGCAAGUUCAGCCCUUCUCUUUAAAUGUGAUACCCGUUACUGUAUGAUUUUGGUUAAUGAAUUCGCCAAGUGCAUCUUCAUCUUGCAAUUUUGCUCAAUAUUCCUAGUAUAUAACCUUACUAAUUUUCAAUUGGUUGAAUUGACUGUAUAUGAAUUCAAAUGAAUUUACCAAGAAAAAUAAAAAUAUUAUUCUCAGU